AUGUUCGCUCCAGGUGGUGCUCCCCCUUCCAAGGAUGAGAUCAAGGCCGGUGAGGUCGAGGCCUGCCAGACCAUCCACACAGCCAUUGCCGGUGGUAUCCUGCUGUACCUCUCUCCCUUCGCUGUUGACUUCGUUAAGAAGUUCCUUUAA